AUGACGCCAACACCAUCCAACUUCCACGGGUCCCUCCGACCUAAGCAGCUCCAAAUCGAUGCCCUCAAGAGGGAAGACGACACAAGAGUGCCGCCAUCGACCGAUCACGGUGGAUCUAGGGAUUUCCCCGGAGCAAACCCAGACAAGAAGCGACGACGUCACCUCGACGAUGCCUUCAAGAAGGGAGCGGCGCCCGAAGCCGCCACCAUCGCCGGCCUCGGCCAGCUGCCGGCCGGCCAGCAACCGAGACAAGGCGUUAGCCCGGGACUUGUCGCGCCAUCCUGCUUCGUGCCCAAGAUCGGACCACCUUCUUCCACCUUGCCCACCAACACCUCGCCGCUGCCCAGGGCCGCCGCCCCCGGAACUCCACCAGCACCUACCACUGCACCAUUGCAGCUCCACCACGGCCAGGGCCUCCCGCGCCAGCCAGCCGCGACGCCCAGGCCACCCACGCCCGGAGCCGGCCCGCAGGGCCCGGAUCGGACCACCACCCGCGCCUCCGAGCCUCCACCGCGCCAACCCCACACCGCGCCACCGCACCCACCGACGGGCCGCCGUGCAAGGCGCCACCCCGCCCGAAGGCCGCAGCCGUCCGCCCGGACCGGGCCCGUGAGGCCCGGAUCGAGCCCGCCAGGGCGUGGCCUCCGCUAG